GGUAUUCGUCAUUUAGGAAACCAACUGAUAUUGUAUAACUAUGGGAUGGAUCUUGCCUUUGUCUUUAUUUUUCUUAUUUCAUUUGAUAAACUGUAAUGUGAUCAAUCAUAAUUUCGGUGAGACAAUAGAAGAGGAGAUCGAAAAAUACCUUAACUGGCCAGGUCCACUGGAUAGAGAAUCGUUACAAAAAUUAGCUAAAAUCGAAGAAAAGGGUGGAAUAUAUCCUAUUCACCGAGCAUCUGCUGAAAACAGAGCCGACGUCGUCAGCUUCUUGCUAGAACUAGGGGUCAACGUCAACAGCAGGGACAGGCAGGGUUACUGGACCCCGCUCCACUGGGUAGCUGCCAACGACAGCCUCCAAGCAGCGGAAGUUCUCUUGGAACACGGAGCGGACACGGAAAUGAAAGAUAUGGAGUUCAGGACACCUCUUCACAUAGCGUCUGCCAAUGGAUACCUGGAGAUUGUGAGGAUCCUCUUGGACAACGGUGCGUACAUUCACUCCAGGGACUCGAUAGGCAACACUCCACUUAUGAAAGCUGCGGCGGGUGGACAUCUGGAAACGGUCAAACUUUUACUGGAAAGAGGGGCCGACAUCAACAUGCGAAACAACCAACAUUUAGAAGCAAUUCACCUGGCAAUGAUGGACGGUAGCAUUGAUCUGGUGAAGUUGUUAUUAGAUCACGGGGCAGACAUACACCCUAAAGAACCAAAAGACGCUCCUAUUUUACAUUGGGCAGCAGGGUACGGAGAUGUCGCGAUGGUAAAGAUGAUCCUUAACCGCGGAGAACAUGUUGAUGUCAAGAACUCCGAAGGCUUCACGGGACUUUUUGUUGCUGUGUUCAGGGGUCGGCCUGGAGUGACUAGAUUGCUGCUCAACCUAGGUGCCAACAUGGAGGCUACCGACAACGUUUUCGGUCAGCGUCCAGUCCACUGGGCCGCUAUGUUCGGCCAACAGGAGACACUCAGGAUUUUGCUUGAAGGAGGUGCUUUUGUCAAUCCCAAGAAUAACAGAGGCGCAACCCCUUUACACCUUGCGGCUGCAAAAGGAUUCCGUGAAACGAUGAUGAUCCUACUUGAUUUCGGGGCGGAUAAGGAAGCCCUGAAUGAACAUGGAAGGACACCCCUUCACCAGGCUGCCUGGAACAAUAUGGCGGAAGCUGCCAAGUUACUGCUAGACAGCGGUGCCGACAUGGAGGCCAUGGACAACGCCGGAAUGACUCCACUUUUGGUAGCACAGAAGAGCGGGCACAUCGAGACGGUGGAAUUGCUGCUCUCCAGGGGUGCUGAUACUAACCCUCAGUACAGGGAAAAGAGCACGGAGCGUGUACCAUUUAAUGUUGUUACCGAUAUUGACGAAGUUGGUACAAAUUUCAAUGAUGCUUCAGGGAUUCCUCCAAGCAGUGCUUCAAAAUUAAAUUCACUCGAAAGUGGAAUGUAACCAAUAUCAUGCCGCUAUAUCCAAACAUUAAAAUAAUACCUACUGAAUACUACUGUGCACUCUUGAAACUAUGCCAUCGAACCGAAAACCUUCAUCAUUGUGACGAAAAUAUUUAGUCAGUCAGCUUAUCAUAUUAUUUUUUGUUAUAUAAUCAUAUUUCAAAAAUAAUUAAAUCGGGAUUUUUACAUGAUAUCUUAGCCAAAGGAGAAAUUAAAAGUAAUAAUAGACAUAAAAUAUGACAACAUAUAAUGCGGUUUCCGAUUCUGAAGAAGUUGCAAAAAACAUCGACUAUGCUUCAGCAACCCCUACAAGUAGUGUUGCC